CCCGGGUUGAAUCUGUGAUACUCGAAUUGCACAUGCAAAUUUUCGGGUAGGUCCAUAUUUUGUAGUUUGUCCAGAGGGGUCCUAACAUCAACAGAUGUGGAGUAGAAUUUUUUUACAUCCCCCAGCGUUUCAAUGGAAUGUAGGAGAGAAUUGGGUAUGCUAUGCUUGAAUUCAUUAUUACAAGCCGUAAAAAGUUUAAAUCUUUGAUUUAAGUCGGAAAUUUUUUCGUCAUCUUUGGAAUUUCCCAGAAUUUUUGAAGAAAUUGCGUUUAAUUUUACUUCUAAGUCUUCUGGUGGAGAAUAUUCUAUUUGGCUUCUCAGGAAACUAAAUGAAAAUAAAAAGAAUAUGUAUUCUGAAGACAGUAUAACGGAUAUGAUAUAUCCAGCUAAUAAACAUUUUAAAUGUCUAGCUAAAAUUUACAUUUUUAAGUUAACAGUUAACUGUCUUAAAUUAUAAAUUUGAGCUAGAUAUAAGUGUCAUAAAAAAAUUAAAAUUUGAGCUGGAUAUACCUAACUGUCCUAAAAAUGUAAAUUUGAGCUUGAUGUAAAUGUCUUAAGAAUGUCAACUUAAACAUAUUAAUUUGAGCUAGGUAUAACUCUCUUAAAAAUGUAAAUUUGAGCUUGAUGUAAAUGUCUUAAGAAUGUCAACUUAAACAUAUUAAUUUGAGCUAGGUAUAACUCUCUUAAAAAUGUAACUUUGAGUUGGAUAAAAUUUUAUCAAGAAUAUAAACUUAGCUAGAUGUGACAAUCUUAAAAAUGUAAAUUUAAGCUAGAUAAAAGUCUUUAAAAAAUAAAUUUUAGCUAGAUAAAAUGUCUUAAAAAUGUAAAUUUGGGCUAGAUAUAGUUAUUUCCAGCUCAAAUUUACAUUUUUAAGUUAACAGUUAACUGUUUUAAAAUUGUAAAUUUGAGCUAGAUUUAAAUGUCUUAAGAAUGCCAAUUUAAGCUAAAAACAAGUCUUAAAAUAUUAGCAAGAUAUAACUGCAUUAAAAAAGUAAAUUCGAGCUAGAUAUAACUGUCCUAAAUUGAAAAUUUGAGCUAGAUAUAAUUAUAUCUAUAUUUACAAUUUAAGACAGUUAAUUCACCCCAUCAAAAGUUAUAUUGUAAAUUUGAGCUAGAUAGUACUGUCUUAAAAUUGUAAAUUUAAGCUUUAAUAGCUGUCAUAAAAAUGUAAAUUUGAGCUAGAAUAACUGUCUCAAAAAAUUAACAUAAUUAUGGCUUGAUUUAGCAAAUAAACUGUCUUAAGAAUGAAAGAUACCGACGGUUUUGGGCAUAUAAUUUUUUUGCUCCAUUUGUCAAAUAUAUUAUUUUUGUAAUACAAAAUCAUUUCUUCGGUUUCUAAUAAUAAAAUAAAAAAAUUAAAACAAAAAAAACUACCUUUAUAACUUUAGAAAUCGACUGAUCUGUUUAAAGUGUAUAAAAAUCAUUUUUGCUGUUAUAAUUUAAGGGCUGCGGAAGUUUUGUACGAAAUUCGAGGUAUUAGAAUUCAAAAUAAAGCGCAAAUACGUGAAUAUUGCAUUAGAACCGUUUCGAUUUUCGUAAUUCACGCGCAGUAUCGGAGUUAUUGACUCUGCAUGGUGGCGCCCUCUGGCGAGCGAACCGCACAGACCAGGAGAAACCAAGGAUGGCUCCCCCUUAAAAGACGCAGUUGUUCAAUGUGAACUUAGGAGAGGUACACACCCUUUUGCGGCCAAAGAUUUCGCCGAAGAAUCUAUUUUCGGGCCCACUUUUCUAUCGACACCUUUCCUCUUCUCCGCUUUGGUGGCGUAACAUCUUGGCAACACCUAAAACAAAAACCGAUCGAGUGAGUUUUGUGAUUCCGAACGAAGCAAGCAACUUGUGUUCUAGUGGUGACAAUUAUUGAAAGGGUUGAUGUUUGGUUCGUGGUGGUGAACAAUGUGGACAGUUUAAAGUGUAAUAUUUACGUUUUUUGGUGAUAGAAGUUGGGAUGUUUUGAAACCGCCAUGCCUCACGAACGCCGCCAUGGUUCUCGACUAAAUAAGCAGUGUUGCCGGAGAUAUUUUUAAAAAUUUACUUCGAACGUCAGUGAAAAAUGUACGAAAUUCCUAGUUUUUGUAUCAGGACAUAGAAAACAGUGAUUGCGUCGAACAGCUUUUAUCUUCAAAAAUGCGCGUUUCAAGAUUUUUUAGGUCAAAAACGUACCAGAUUGUGACAAUUGUUCCGGCGCCGGCAACGCUGUAGACAAGUGCGCGCGCCUAUCAAAGACAUACGGUUGGUGGUCUUCGCGCGUCCGACGCGUCAGUGCGGCGCUAUAACGUAAGUGCAAGCUCGCACCGUGUAAUGUCGAACUGCACAGACUAUACUCUGCUGCGACUAGUCUUGGUUUUCUCCCGAUUGGAAGCGCUGAAUUUAGUGUGGCUUGUUGUUUCCUAUCCGCCAUUUUACAGUUGCUAUUGAAAGGUGAAAUUUUCGGUAUUUGUUGGCGUUAUCGGUGCGGUUUUAAGUUAAAAGUGACGUGCAGUGCAUGUUUUCAGUGUUGUGAACCCAAAUCUUUUAUAAUGGAUCAGGCAUGACGCACCCAAAUUUUCAAACUAACGGAGCCAGUUUAGAAGAUUGCCACACUAACUUCUUUGCUUUGCUGGUGUGGAGCGAGCAGAGCGCCGGCGGCGGCGGCAACCACGGGGGCGGCGGCGGUGGCGGCCUCAGCGAGCCGCUCGACGACCCGGUGCUGCGCAGCUAUUCGCGAUGCCUCGCCGCCGAUAUUCUGUGCGUGUGGCGGCGCGUAUCAACGCCGCGCGCCGCCGACAUGUACGAGCUGCCGCCGCCCGCUCAACCGCCGCCGCUCAGCCUGGCCGCCUCCAAGGAGCUGUGGAUAUUCUGGUACGGCGAGGAGCCCGACCUCAACGAGCUGGUCGCACCCGAACUCAACAUACCAGUCUCGCGCGCCGUACAGUUUCCAGAGUUCGGUUCGUCUGCCGCCCCCCGCCCGCCCCCCUUUAGACCCCCAUCGCCACCCCCGGGGCGGUAUGGUCGUCGAUAG